AUGAUCUUCCAGCAGCACCCUCUGUACGUUUUCCUGCGCGUCCUGGGACCAGCCCGAGGAUCGCUCCCAGUAGCAGCCCGUUCUCACACACAUACAGCCAAUCAGCGAUCACCGCUGGGAGAGGGAUGCUGCCAUUGGCUGAGGGGUGUCAGUGGGCGGGCCGCUGUUUGGACCGGGACCGAGUGGGCCGGAGACCGGGAGCUGCGCCUCGGGUUUCGGCUGCACCACCGGCGGGUCGUGAAUCCUUUCGAAGGCAGAGCUGGAGAGACCGGCGGAGAUUCCGUGAGAUGUUUCAGCUGCACGGAGGGCGCCCGGCCUUUCCCCGCCGAGGAUCGGGGCCUGUUGUCUGGAGUUGUCUCCCAGACCCGUCCCUUCCUGCUGGGAGACGGGAGCUGCCCCGCAGCGGCUGCCGGUGGAUCUCCGGAGCUCUCACCGCUCCCCUGUGCAAUCCGAACGGCUGAAAACCAAGGGAGAACAAGGUGCAAAGUGGGGCCUUCUGGGAGUUGUAGUCAUUGGACCUCGCUCGCUCCCUGUCGAAGCAUGUUUUGUCAGCCACCACAGACGCCACCGAAACAGACCCACCGAGGCGCGAAGGGGAAUCACACCCGUCCUUGUGGGCGCCGAGGCCGGCGACAACGACAGAAGCGACUCGCUGAUCUCCGCCAUGGCGAUGGAGCGGAAGAGGAGGGGCUGGUCAUGGGCCGAUUUCCUCCAGCCUAUCGCAGCUCAGACCUAACACUGACGCCUGCUGUCAUUGGCUGCAGUGCCUGUCGCUCAAAUGGGAACUCGGAGGGUGAUUAGUUUAUGUGAACGUCAGUCAGCCUUCCUGUCUUUAUGAGUUUGGAUUUGGAUUUAUAACGGGACAGGAAGCAAAUUGGGAGAAAUGUGAGUUUUUAUGUGAUGGUGCAUCAGUCUCCGAGUUACAUUAUUAACAAUAAAAGGGCAAAGGCCGUGGUGAGGAAGGAGGUGAUUUACUGGAGGUUAUAUGGAGAUAAUAUUGGAAGGGAUAUCAAACUUGGAAUUGUUUGGGAUAUGAUUUAGAAAAUGGGGGGAUUUGUGGGGAUCAUAAUAUUCCAGUGUUGAUUAAUGAGGGCAAAAUGAUUGUUACUGAAACAGGGAAGGUUGUGUUACUGGCUGGGUCAUUUGAUGAGAUUCAUAAUCAGGAUAAUUUAAGUGAAGAAGUUAAACAAUGUAGGGAUAUGUUUUUUCAGUGAAUACCCUGAUGUGUUGGAAGUCUGCUGCAGCAAUGAUAGUAUCACAGAUGGAGAGAUUUCUUUGUAUGAAUUUAAGAAGUCUAUUAAUAAUGCAGGUCAGGUGUCUCCAGGAAAGAGUGAUAUUUGAAAUUGUAAUUGUAUAUAAUUUGCAUUUGUAAAAUAUUAAAUAUUUGAAUUGUGCAUCCACUUUCCUCAUGGAAAAUGGAAAUAGUAGUGCCUGAAAACCUGGUAGAUCCCCAUUUGAUCCUUCUAGUUAAGGGCCUAUAUCGUGAAAGUCUCAUUUAUGUAAACUUAUGGAAUGUAUGGUAAUCAAGCGCUUGAGUUAUAUUUUGGAAAGAGUGGUGAUAAAGUGUUUUAUUAGAGUGGAUUUUGGAAGUGUGAAAUGACAUUAGAUUCAGUUUUAGGUUUGGAAGAUGAUAUUCGGAAAGCACAAUUAAAUAAAGAUGUUGUAAUAGCAGUAUUGAGACUGAAAAGGGAAAUGAUAUGGUAGAAAGGACUUUUGAUUAAAUUAGGAGUAAGGGGGUCAUUGUAUUUUUUUCUGAGUUUUUUUUUGUAUGGACUGUCCAAGUAACGGUCGGCAUGUUUGUGUCUAUGAGAUAGAGAAUGGAAUCCCACAAGGCAGUAUUUGUAGCCCUUCAUUAUUUAAUAUUAUGAUUAAUGAUAUUUUCUGUGAGAUGGGAAAAUGGGAUUCCCUGGGUAAAUCACAAUAUACAGAUGACUUAGCUUUAUGGAUUUGAGGUAUUAACUGCAAUUUACAAUUAAUAGAUCAAACAGUGGGCAGAUUGAUGAGGAUUGUAAGCUUUCAGUCGUUAAAACACAUUACGUGGUUUACAAACAGCAUUAAUAGACUUGCACUUGAUUUUAACUUAUGGGAUUAAUGUCUCGAGGAAGUGUCAGUGGUAAGAUUUCUCAGUAUGUGGAUGAAUAAUAAGCUGAUGGGGAAGCACCUGUCAGUAAAAUAAUUGAUAAAUAUAAAGGAGCUUUAAAUCUCCUCAGACAUCUAUGUGGGUAUUCUUGGGUGCAACAUGAAAAUCUUUGUUGACCAAUUAUAUUUGUUUAAUUUGAUCUGUUCAUGAUUAUGUCUGUGUGGCUUGUGGAUCACCUUCAUCUUCAAAUUAAAAGUGUUUGUAUGUGAUACAAUUACAGACUUUUAAUUGUGUUCUGGUGCGGUAAUGUUGUCUCCUGCUUUGGCUUUACUGAUUGCAAUGGGACAAUUGCCCUCAAAGUAACAGAGGUUCAAGUUGAUGUCAACAUACUGGAUUAAUUUGCGGGUCAAGGAAAUGAUCAUCCUGUUAAAGUUGUGCUAGAGGACGGUUGGGAACAUCACUAGAAGAGUGUUUUUUGUUUUGGGUGGCUGGGUUCUUACCAUGCUGCGAAUAUGGGUGUAUUUGAUGACACAGUAUGUCCCACUGUAGCGUUCUCUGUAACCCCACAUUGUUUUUUCCAUUGACUUCAGGUGAUUUUACUUUUUACACGAUCGGAUUCGGUUCUGCCUGAGAGUCUGUUGGUCAUCAGUAUAUUAAUGAAAGUUAUUAUCAUACAGUAACCAUUUUUACAGAUGAAUCAAAAGAUAAUUUAAUUGGGGAUGUUGGUGUGGCUGUUUUUGUGUGCCUGAAUAGCAGGUAAUGAUAAAGAAAUGACUUAUAGCCAUUUAUCAGCAUAGAAAGCAGAAUUCUUUGCCAACAGUUUAGGCUUACAGUGGAUGGAGGAAAUUGGUCCUUAUAAUUUGCUCAGAAUACAUUUCAGUUUUGAUGAGUCUUAAACAGGUCAUUCUGGCAGUAGGUCAGAUUGACUGUUGGAAACUUGACAAACGGUAUUUCAUAUAUAAAGUUUGAUUUAUAUGUCUGCACAUUAUGGGGCCUGCAUAUCACACUGUUGAGGGAAAUGAUGAUGUUGACUGUUUAGCACCAAAAGCUGUUAAAUGUUAAGCUGUGGAUAUAGACCUUCCACUUAGCAAAUUAGAAGCUAAAGGGUUGGUAGUGUUAAGAAUUAGGGGCUUAUGGCAAGACGUAGGAUAAUGGACGUAAAGACAGACACCUUUCCAGAAUACAU